CUCGCGGAAUUUCCGUUGGAACCACCCAAUCAUAUUGAUUAGUCAAGCCGCAGCAUUCCUUAAUGUGCUUUCUCCAGGGCCCCCUUCUAGGCAUCACGAAUCUAUUUAUAAGGCUGAGGCGGUCUUUGAUAUUCCCGUGCCGGGUAGGGGGAAUCGUGGCGCCAGCCGGGCGGUCCCAAGGUUAUUACUGCCCUCAAGUCUGCGGGGCGAACGCUAAGACGGCGUACAGAACUCCGCGUUCACCAAAAAUCAACACCUCCAGUCCCCAGAGUCUGGCAAUCAGAGAUGUAUGGCACUCUCCGCAAACCCCGGACGGAGAGCGACACUAGUAGCUGCAGCCUUCAUAAAACCCCACGAGUCUGACACAGGUUCAAGCAGCAUUGACUUCUGAAUUGCAGAUCUUCUUCACUCUCAAGACCCAAAGGCAUAAUGUCGACCAAAGACUUGGAAACAACGCACGAUGAGAAGGUCACUGCUCAUCCACAGGCCAUCGCAGCAGCCCUUGAUACUGCAGGCGAGCGCCCAGCUACUUUUGGGCGCGGCCAUAUCAAGCUGUACUUCUUUUGUUUGAUUAUCUACUUCUGCUCGACGAUGAAAGGCUAUGAUGGCUCGCUGAUGGGCUCUAUCAACGUUCUUCCCGAAUAUCAAGACUACUACAACGUCAGCCAGAACCAAUCUUCGACAACCGGCCUGGUCUUUUCCAUCUUCCAGAUUGGACAGAUGGUGGGCGCUCUGUUCACCUGGAUCUGCGACUGGCAGGGACGCAAGUGGACAUUGGUCAUCAGCGCUUUCAUGAUCAUCGUCUCGGCCGUCUUCACGGCGGUGGCACCGACACUGCCCUCGUUCAUUGCCGCUCGCUUCCUGCUCUCCUUCUUCUCAACCAUCGCCACGGUGGCUGCCCCAAUGCUUCUCGUGGAGAUUGCGCCGCCACUUCACCGUGCUACAGUCGCUGGUAUCUACAACACGCUGUAUUAUAUGGGCAGCAUUAUUGCUACCUUUGCUGUGUAUGGUUCGAACCUUCAUCUCCACGGGAACAUCAAAUGGCGACUCCCGUUGUGGCUGCAGAUCUUGUGUCCGGCGAUCGUCGUCCUUGGUGGUUGGUGGCUCCCAGAGAGUCCACGCUGGCAAGUCGGUCAUGGACACGAAGAGAAGGCUCGCCAAUUCAUAAUCGAGUAUCACGCCAACGGAGAUGCAGACCACCCUAUUGUGGCUAUCGAGAUGCAGGAGAUUGAGGCCUCGCUGGAAUCAGUGAUAGGACGGUCCGCUUGGGCGUGCUUCGACGUGCGUAGUCUGUUCAAGUCCCGCGCGCGCCUCUAUCGACUCAUGCUGGCAAUGACAAUGGCAUGGUUUGGUCAGUUCUCCGGAAACAAUGUCUCCAGUUACUACCUGCCAAUCAUGUUGGAAAAUGUCGGCAUCACCUCGACCAGUCUCACACUGUUGCUGAAUGCCAUUUAUGCAAUCACUGGUUGGAUUGCGGCCACGAUCGGAGCCCGUCUUCACGACGUUGUUGGCCGUCGCAAGAUGCUAAUGGGCUCGUGCCUUGGCAUGUCCGUCGCUCUCGCUAUCGUUGCUGCAACCGCAGCAGAGUACGAGAAAUCGGGCAGCGUGCCAAGUAGCUCCGCCAGUAUCGCCUUCAUUUUCAUCUUUGGUGUCGUCUUUGCUGUGGGCUUCACUCCGAUGCAGCCUAUUUAUCCUGCGGAAGUCCUUGCAAACGACAUGCGCGCAAACGGCAUGAUGCUCUUUCAGAUAACCGCCGGAUGCGCCAGCUUCAUCAACACCUUUGCUGCACCGACGGCCAUGAAGAACAUCAGAUACUGGUUCUAUGUCUUCUUCGUAUUCUGGGAUCUUUUCGAGUUCGCUUUCAUCUACUUCUUCUUCGUUGAGACCAAAGGGCGAACUCUCGAGGAGCUUGACGCCGUUUUCGAAGCCAAGAAUCCACGCAAGGCGAGCACUCGAAAGGUCUUGCAUUAAACACCCUGCACUGUUCCUCGAGCGAGGUUUCUACUAGGUGCUGGGUAUUCGAAUCAACCAGCCUUGUAGCUUGACACAUGAAUGGAUCUUUGAUAGAUAGUAGUGCGUGGGCUGGCACCGACCACGGCCACCUGUCCCUUAUUAUGGACAUUCUAACAAUGAACUUGCCAUGUGUAUCUGCA